GUUUAGGGAUCACCCGGUUCGCAUAAUAAGACGUCAUACUAUGGUGCUGAUUAUGACGUCCAACGGUUACACGCAACUUUAGCUAUAAAUUCGAGGCUAUUUGAGAAGUUGUACAGAUCGCGUAGAUCGGUGCAGUUGUUGUAAUAUCCUUUGAGUGUAGUGGAGUUGUUUCAAUUUCUGGUGUGAUUUCUGUAAUAACAAAAACAAAAAACACUAGUUUUGCUCUUCAGACUCUGAGUUAAAUUCAUAGGAUCAGCGAUCGGUCUGAAUCGGUUUCACCUGCUGGACAUUCCCUGUGGAAGCAUGUCUACCUGUUCCGUUCAAGACCUGGCAGCACUUUCUGCUACCAGGGGUUCACACCUGCUGUUUGAUACGUGCGCACCAAGUUGUCCUGAAAAAGCUGACGUCUGCGAUGGAGACGGAAACGAUGAGAUUGUAUUCCCCACGGGGUAUGAUGAUCUGGAUACAGGAGAGGAGGACAUCUGGAACUCCACAGAUCUAAGCCUGGAUGAGAAAAGAGACUUGGUGGCGCUUCUACAGAGCAAGAACCGUCAGAUGAAGAUCAACGCUGAUCUGCAGGAGGCUUUCAAUGCACGUGAGGACUCAAAUGAUGACCUGGAAAUUCAAAACAUUGCUCUCAAGGACCACAUCAAAAGUUUGAAUCAGUCUGUUCUGGAUAGAGAACAAUUAGUGCAUGAAAUGGAUGAUAUUCAUGCUGCACUUGCUGAGAAGGAGAGGGACACUAACAGCCUUACAGCCAGCAUCAGAAAGCUGGAAAAAGAGAAAAAAGCCAUGACUGACCAGAUUACAUCCAUCAACAAUGAGAUGUCUGAUAUUUUGCCAAAGAGAGAAACGGACAAGAAAAAGAUAACUGAUAUGAGUCAAGUGGUUCAGGCUUUCGAGCAAGCGAUCGAGGAGGUGAGAGUGCAGCUUGCUGAAACAGAUGAAAUAAUUCACCAAAGUAGUGUCUAG